GGGCUCUGCCACCGGCCUGCCUUCCUCUACCCGCGCCGCCCGCCGCCGCCUCCUGGCUCACCGCUGUUCGCUGGGCCCCUCGCCGCCCUUCGCCCGGGAAUAAGUCGGUCAGGAAGGCUCCGCUGCUGCCAUGGCGUUUAAAGAUACUGGCAAAGCACCUGUGGAACAAGAGGUGGCCAUCCAUCGCAUUAGGAUUACUCUGACAAGUCGCAAUGUGAAAUCACUUGAGAAGGUCUGUGCUGACUUGAUCAGAGGUGCUAAGGAAAAAAAUCUGAAGGUGAAAGGACCUGUUCGCAUGCCCACCAAGACUCUGCGAAUCACUACCAGGAAGACGCCUUGUGGUGAGGGUUCCAAGACCUGGGAUCGGUUCCAGAUGCGGAUCCAUAAGCGGCUGAUUGACUUACACAGCCCGUCUGAGAUUGUGAAGCAGAUCACUUCCAUCAGCAUUGAGCCAGGUGUAGAAGUUGAGGUUACAAUUGCUGAUGCCUAAGUGAUGGUCACCCCUGAAUAAAGCUGAUUUUACCAAUUUUCA